UGGUACCCAUUCAUGACAACUGUAUGAGGGAUGAAUUUUCAUAUAACUCACCCGUUUCAAUUUUAUUAAGACUUAAAAUUAUGCAUAAUUACUGGCAUGGCCGCUUUGAGUGACAGGUGCUACGACGGUGACAACUUUGGUUAGGUAACAUAACCAUGGCAUAACCUGAGAUUCACAGAGUGUAGGUGCGGGUGUAGUUGUAGCCGUCGCUGUUUCAGUGUGUUUUCAGUUCAUGAAAGUUAAUUGUAGCAUAUUGGUUGACUUAAAAAAGUCCUGUACAGCGUUUGCUUGUACUAAAAGACCCUCCAAGGAGUUGGAUGUUCAUUUUUUUCCAAUCCAGCAGCCUUCAUCUCCCCCCUCCUCUACUUCCUUGCCGACUGUCUGGAAAGGAUUUGGGAGGAAGGUGAGACUACUGCAGCCAUACGUCUGGCCCAAAGGAUCCUCUGCCUUACAGGGACUGGUGCUGCUGUGUGUGGGCCUGCUGGCAGCAGAGCGGCUGGUUAACGUGUUGGUACCUGUUUACUCCAAGAACAUCGUGAAUGAAUUGUCUGCAGGAAGCAGCUGGACUUCACUGAUCAUCACUGUCUGCAUCUACACACUGCUCAAGUUCCUACAAGGAGGAGGGGCAGGUACCUCUGGUUUCAUCAGCAAUCUUCGUCAGUUUCUGUGGAUCAAAGUUCAGCAGUUCACCAGCAGAGGCGUUCAGGUGCGUUUGUUUUCCCACCUCCAUGGAUUAUCUCUGCGCUGGCACCUGGAGAGACACACUGGGGAUGUUCUGAGGAGCGUCGACCGAGGCACCUCAUCUAUCAAUAACCUGCUGAGCUACAUCCUGUUCAGCAUCCUCCCCACCAUCUGCGACAUCAUCAUCGCCAUCAUUUACUUUGUCUCCUACUUCAGUAUCUGGUUUGGACUCAUCGUUCUUGCCUGCAUGGUGCUUUACCUCACAUGUACCGUCCUGAUCACAGAGUGGAGGACGAAAUACAGGAGAGAGAUGAACAAUCAGGACAACAACGCAAAGUCCAGAGCCGUAGACUCGCUGCUGAAUUUUGAGACGGUAAAAUAUUACAACGCUGAGGAUUAUGAAGUCCGCUGCUUUGAGGAAGCCAUUCUGAAAUAUCAAUACUGUGAAUGGAAGAGCUCAGCGUCCCUCGCUCUGCUGAACCAAACACAGAACAUCAUCAUAGGAUCAGGACUGCUGGCUGGAUCUCUGCUCUGCGCCUACCUGGUCUCCAAGGGACAAUUCCAGGUUGGAGAUUAUGUUCUGUUUGGAACCUACAUCAUCCAGCUGUACACUCCUCUCAACUGGUUUGGUACCUACUACAGGCUGAUUCAGAGUUCAUUUGUUGACAUGGAGAACAUGCUGGCUCUGUUGACAGUGCAGAAAGAGGUGGAGGACGUUGAGGAUGCGCAGGACUUGCAGCUCACAGCAGGUCAGGUGGAAUUUGACAGAGUCUCUUUCAGCUACGUGUCGGGCGCUGAGGUUCUCAGAGAUGUGAGCUUUAAGGUGGAGGCGGGGCAGACAGUUGCUCUGGUUGGUCCAUCUGGAUCAGGUAAAAGCUCCAUCCUGCGUCUGUUGUUCAGAUUCUACGACCCUCAGAGUGGCUGCAUCCGCAUUGACGGUCAGGACAUCUCCAAGGUGCGUCAGUCUUCUCUGAGGUCACACAUCGGCGUGGUUCCCCAGGAUACCGUUCUUUUCAACGACACCAUUGGCAACAACAUCCGCUACAGCAGAGUUACAGCGAGCCGCCAGGAGGUGGAGAAAGCUGCCAUGGCUGCUGACAUACACACCAGGAUAAUGGAGCUACCUCAGGGUUAUGAAACGGAUGUGGGGGAGCGUGGUCUGAAGCUCAGCGGUGGGGAGAAGCAGAGAGUGGCCAUCGCUCGAACCAUCCUGAAAGAGCCUCGGAUCAUUCUGCUGGAUGAGGCCACUUCUUCACUGGACACACAGACUGAGAGGAACAUCCAGGCUUCACUGGCCAAGGUCUGCACCAACAGGACGACUAUAGUGGUCGCACACAGGACAUCAGCUUCAUCCACGAUGGAAUAAAAUAACGUAUCGUCUGCAAAGUGGUUUGGUAGGGAUUCAGCAUCAAUAUACAGGAACAUCCACUACCAGUCAUUCCUGGACAGUCAGGUGAAGCAUGAAUAUCUCUGUCAGCUCUAACACUGAUGCUAGAUGUCCUAUUUUCACUGCCUCUAUCUGUAUGUGUGCCAGUUCAAAGCAAAAACACGGUCCAACACGGUGUUGGAUAUGAGUCUGCUUUUUUGGACACGAGUGUAUAAACACACUUUCUCUUCUAGGACCGACAGUGGUCUGUUACAAUGUGAUUACAGUAGCGAUGGUAAUACAGGACUAAACUAAAAAGAAAAGCCGAACGUGAGUAAAAGAGAUGAAAGGAAGGAGGGUUGUGGUGAAAGGAAAACAGGAUUACAGCAGACACAAAGAGAGGGAUGGAGAGAUUAAAUGAAAAGCUGAUUGGAGGACAUGAGAUGACGUGAGAUGACAGGUCAACAAAAGUAAAAGAAACAGAUGUCUGGUUAUUCGGCAGUUGGAGUGAUAUUGGAAAAGACUUGAAAGGCUCUGGCACUCGCUGACAUUAAAAUACAUCAGGAGCGAAGCAGCUUGUGGUGUUGAUUCCUGCCACACUACAUGAGCCCAUUUUGCAUCACUUCCUCUGUGGUCCACAUUUCAUAGAGAAAAAUAGUCCAAAGAAUUAUUUUAUCUUGUUUCAUGUCUAACAUUAGUAAACCAUGGUUUAUUACAACAUUAUUAGAUCAUAUGUUUCUUUCCAUGCAAAGUGUACGUUAUGUUUUGUGCUCUCUAGAAAAAGUUGGUGAUAUUCUGUGUGAUACAAGAGGCAAUGUAUACCUUCUGCUUCACUGAGAUUGUUACUAUCAACUGAGUUGUUGUUUUUCUCAAGUCAUAGUCCUCUAAGUUAAGCUGUAUUGUCUUUUUCAUAUUAUUGGACCUAGUGGCAUUUGAAACUAAACAUCAAAACCUUGUAGUUGACUCCAAAUCAACAAAAACACAAUGACAAUUCAGCAAAAAGUUAUAAUAAGCCAAAAUACAGACUGAAGGUUCCUUAAAAUUCUAUGUAAACUCAAAAAUCAACUCAAAAAACUCAAAAAAGAAAUUAUUGCCACAACUUUAAUGAAAAGAUCAUGUGUGCAAAGUAAAUAUGAUGCUGCAGCCAGCACCUCGUUAGCUUAGCUUAGCAUAAAGACUGGAAACGGGGAAACAGCUAG